AUGUCGAUGUAUCCGCAUCGCGCCAUGGGGGCCGGUCCCCAGGGCAAUUCGACCCGUUUGAACGAAUUGCUCGAACAGAUUCGAGUUGAAUUCGAGACCCAAAUGCGCGCGACUGAAAACUACGAGCAUCAGAUUGCUGCGCAAGUUAGCGAAAUGCAAAUGGUCCGUGAGAAGGUUUACCAGAUGGAGCAGACUCAUCUGGGUCUCAAGCAGAAGUACGAGGACGAGAUCAGUGCCCUGCGACAUCAACUCGAUGCUGCUAGAAAGGGCGGACUUCAGGGUGGCAUGCCCGGACCGCCCCAGCAUGCUGCUCCUUCCCAACAGCCACCCUCAAUCGCCCCCGGUAAUGGUCUUUUCAGCGGCAUCAUGGCUGGCGGCAGUCAGGGAGGUCUUGCACCACCACAGCAAGGUCAGCAGCAGAGCCAGCAGGGUCAACCCCAGGGCGCGCAACAGCCGCAGCAAUCCCAGCAGGGCCAUGCUCCUCCUCAAGAACAGCCAUUGGGACCUCAGCACCAGAUGAGCCAAGGACCUCCUGGCCUGCCGGUCCCUCCUCACCCCAAUGCGCAGCAAGCCCCUUAUUCUCAGAACUAUCCUCCUGGCCCUGUUUCGAACGGAAUGGGACCUCAGCCCCAGAGCACUGCUUCUCCCGGUCCUGGCAGGAGGGGUAUCGGCCGCCCUCCCGGCGCUGUAGGCGGACCUGCAACUCCUCAGAUCAACACACCGGUGCCUUACCCCGGAUCUGCGGCAUCGCCCCAAGUUAGCCACCCAACCCCCGACCACGCUCGAAUGGCUGGCCCUCACGCCUCUGCCGUUGGAAACUCACUCGGUGAUCUCGAAGUGGACAACGUUGCCCCUCACAACAAGAAGACGGGAAAUGAUUGGUAUGCCAUCUUCAACCCCCAAGUGCAACGCGUUCUCGAUGUCGACCUCGUCCACUCGUUGAACCAUGAGAGUGUAGUUUGCUGUGUGAGGUUCAGUCACGAUGGUAAAUAUGUUGCAACCGGUUGCAAUCGAUCGGCUCAAAUCUUUGAUGUGCAGACCGGAGAAAAGGUUUGUGUGCUCGAGGACCACAAUGCCUCUGAUAUGAGUGCCGAUCUCUACAUUCGUAGUGUUUGCUUCAGUCCUGAUGGCCGUUACCUGGCUACUGGCGCCGAAGACAAGUUGAUCAGAGUCUGGGAUAUUCAAACUAGAACUAUCCGAAACCACUUCUCAGGUCACGAGCAAGAUAUUUACUCACUGGACUUUGCACGUGAUGGUCGCACCAUCGCCUCUGGCAGUGGCGACAGGACAGUCCGCCUGUGGGAUAUUGAGCAAGGUACCAACACGCUUACACUCACCAUAGAGGACGGGGUGACGACCGUUGCUAUUUCUCCCGACACCCAAUUUGUCGCCGCCGGCUCUCUUGACAAGAGCGUGCGUGUGUGGGACAUCCACUCCGGUUUCCUUGUUGAGCGCCUUGAAGGUCCUGACGGCCACAAGGACAGUGUCUACUCGGUUGCGUUCUCUCCAAGCGGUAAAGAUCUUGUUUCCGGCAGUCUUGACAGGACGAUCAAAAUGUGGGAGCUCAGCACUCCUCGACAAGGCAACCAACCCGGCCCUAAGGGUGGCAAGUGUGUCAAGACAUUCGAGGGUCACCGGGACUUUGUCCUGUCGGUGGCUCUUACUCCUGAUACCAACUGGGUGCUUUCCGGCUCGAAGGAUCGUGGAGUACAGUUUUGGGACCCCCGCACAGGCACUACGCAACUCAUGCUGCAAGGCCACAAGAACUCUGUUAUCUCUGUUGCGCCAAGUCCUCAAGGCCGAUACUUUGCCACUGGUUCUGGUGACAUGAAGGCUCGUAUCUGGUCAUACCGUCCUUUCUCUUGA